GAGACUCCGAGGUGUGUGGACGUGUCGCUCCCGCUGGUCAGAGAUGAGGAUGAUGUGGUCGUGUGUGACGCUGGUGGUGGUGGCCGCCCUGGUGGGGACGUCCUCGGGAAAGGUGUACACAAAGUGUGAACUGGCCAAAGUGCUGACCAAUACGUACCACAUGUCCCGCACCCUUGUCAAGAACUUUGUGUGUAUCGCGCAGUACGAGUCAAGCUUCAACACGGCCGCCUCGAACAAGAACACCAACGGAAGUAAAGACUACGGCAUCUUCCAGAUCAACGACAUGUACUGGUGUAUUGGUGGGAUUAAAAGUACCUCCAAUUACUGCAAGCUCCAGUGUUCAAACCUCCUGAACAGCAACAUUGGUGAUGACGUUGCCUGCGCUAAGACAAUCUACAAUCGGCAGGGAUUCAAAGCCUGGUACGCUUGGAAGGCCCAUUGUGAGAAACAGGAUCUGGAUAAGUACAUAGCCGGGUGCUUCUAGAGGCUCCUAGGCCUACACCCAACUGAAGAAGUCUCCAAAGGACGGAUGUGAUAGUUGUUGACAACUUGGGCUGAUGGGCUGAUUCUGGUGUUGACUCUACCAUUUUGAGAUUGACACACACACCAAGCAUAAUAUCAUGCACUAAUAUCCUGCAAGCAUCACACACACACACACACACAC